AUGUCGCUCCAAGUGUCAAACAGAGAAGAGGAUGUCCUUCUCAAGCAGAAAAAUGUCUUGAACCCUUUGGUUUUAGAUAAAUAUCGAUUUGCAGGACAGGUGACCCAGUCAAGUCUGAAAUAUCUCACCUCCCUCAUUAAUGAUUCGUACCAUUUAGGAAAUCACACCCCAUAUACGGCAGCUGAGCUCUGUAUUUUGGGAGACAGUUAUAUUCAAGCAGCAGUUAAUGAAAUGUCACCAAAAGACGUGAAAGAAAAAGGCAUUGCACAACCAGUUACAAUUGAUGUGAACGAUCUAGUUGAAGGAUAUUCUCCAGAAUUCGACGAUAAGACUAACCUGAGUUUUCAACCAGGCGAUAUAGUGACUAUCAAUUUGGGUUGUCAAGUGGAUGGUUAUACUUCGAGAUUGGCACAUACUUUGGUGAUCUAUCCUGUGGGUCCUCAGCCUGCGGGGCCAUUGCUCGGGGGCCCUGCAGAUGCCAUCUGUGCUUCUCAUAUUGCCACAGAGACUGUUAUAGCACUGUUAGUUUGUUCUCUAUUUCCAGAGAGAUUGCCCAGAUCCGUGGCACCUGUUGGAAGUCAAGUGACGGGUUCAUUAAUUAGAGAAGUAGUGGAUAGUAUAGCCGAGACAUUCCACUGUACCAUUGUUCCUGGUUCUAAAGUGCGUCGAAUUAGACGGUUUCUUGCAGGACAGGCUGAAGGUGUCGUUGCUGAAAGAGAUUUUAAGGGAGUGGUUUGGUCGGAGGCUGAUCAGGAGCUCAAUUUACUAAGGAAAUCGGGAAAAUUUGAUGAAUCUAGUUCACAGCUAGUCAAAUAUCGUAAUGGUUCGGUCUCGGAAGCAGAUGACAAUGCCUCUACUGUUCCGAAGGAUGAAUUCGUGGUGAUUCCGGGAGAAGUUUACACCAUAGAUAUUAGAAUGGCACCUACAGGGGCUGCAGGUCUUGUUACCUUGGAGGUUUUAGACGAAUAUUCAGGAAAGAACUGUGCAGAAGGAGAAAUGAAUCCCAAACCGAGGGUCUUCCUAAGAGAUGUUGCUAUGACAUAUCAAUUGAGGCUCAAAUCUGCCCGCAAAUUGCUUUCAAAUAUUGAUAGAAGGCAUCCAGUUUAUCCGUUCAAGCUUUCAGAGACCUCGAGCCAUUUCCCGUUGGAUAUUUCUGAUACAGAAACAUUGCCAGAUCAAGUGAAAUCCGUAAACGAUGAUAUUAAGCUAGCCAGACUCGGAAUGAGUGAGUUGACGAAUCAAAGAUUGACUGUAGCCAAACCCAUUUGGGCAGCCCGAUUCAUACCCCUCAGAACGGUCUUAAAAGCUACCAGUUCAACUGGUAUUCAUGGUAUUGAUGCCCAGAACCCUACACUACCAGGUCUAGAACUUCCAUUGCCCAAGCUUGGAAUUACUGCUUUGAAGUUGAAAUCUAUGCUCAAACGUUCUUCUAAGAUCCCUGUGGCACGUGAGUUGUCGACCGUUGUUCUUGACAAUGUAGAGAAUCGUGUUGUUAGACUUAGUGGUGGUGAUUGUAACCCUAGCUGGGUUCAUUCUAAUUACGAACUACAAGGCGAUAUGGCUCAAGGUGUUAAUGAUUUGAUUCAGUUGUGUCAGAAUGGAGUUAAUAUCAUUCAAUGUCAGCCUUUAGAGAGGUUAUAG